GCCUUGAAGGCGGCGCAGCAGGAGGAGGAGGCGGUGCUAAGCCUUGCGCACAGCUUUGCUGAUUGCUUCUCCGACAGAUCUAUGCCGUUACUAUUCCGCCGGGCUAUCCUCUGCUGAAAAAUAGUAGAGUGGGUAGGUAGGCAGCCAAAGCUGACCGAAUUUGCCUCCUCUACACGCAGUUAUUCUUUUUUUAUUUCGAGGUGACCAAUGCUUUUUUAUGUGUGGCACUUAAGAUGUGAGUCAUUUGAAUGCAGAGUCUAACUGGAUUGGAACCUCACGCGUUUAAAGAAGAUUUUUACAGGGCGCUACUGGAGGAAUUUUGAAUUGUCUCUUGAAGAACUGACAUCAGGAUGUAAAUUGUUUUUUCUUUUAAAUGUUCACUGUAAGCCCUUCUCAUAUCGUUUAAAACAGAGCAGUGUCGAGGCUAAAUGUUGUAAAGGGCUGUGGACAGCGCUGCAAAAAUCGCGGAAUCGUCUGUGGAAUAAUUUUACUUUUUUUUCUUUUGUAGAAAUGCAAGGGAUUCCUUGGCUGUGUCAGGCAAGGGUACCAGGCUACUAUAUACAAAGCCCUGCUGGACCAAGGAUCAUUCCCAGGGUUUCUUUUAACGUUACUGUUUGACAGAAAAAAACCUGGAUACCAUAUGCGUGGACUGUCUAUCUGCAAAAUGAGUGUCUGUUUAAUUGAAUCAACCACAUGAGUAGCCUCUGAAUUGAGGUCACGUCCAGGACUGGGAAGAAGACCAUUUCACUAACCUCAUCUAGCUAAUAAAAGCUAGAUUCAUUAGUAUUUUUAAUAAUCUGUCAUUUAGACACGACGGCAAAAUGGAUAACAAGGUCUUUGCUCCAUUGCUGGAGGAAUUCAUGCUUACUCCUUUGGUCGCCUGGGUGAAGACAGCCGGAAAAUUAUCUACCAAGGAUGGUAGUAAACUGUCGGAAUAUGUUGAAUUAGUGGACGGUGUAUAUUUGAACGAGAUCAUGCUGGAGAUAAAUCCUAAAGCCACCGUUCAGAGGACCAACAAGAAAGUGAACAAUGACUCCAAUCUGCGGAUCCAAAAUCUCUCCAUCUUGAUUCGUCAGAUUAAGACAUACUACCAGGAAACUCUUCAGCAGCUGGUCAUGAUGCCCCUGCCCAAUGUGCUGGUACUGGGCAGAAAUCCUCUGAGUGAACAAGGCCUGGAGGAGAUGAAGAAGAUGCUCCUGCUGCUGCUGGGUUGUGCGGUCCAGUGUGAGAAAAAGGAGGAGUACAUCGAGAGGAUCCAGACUCUGGACUUUGACACAAAAGCAGCCAUCGCCUCACACAUUCAGGAGGUCACCCACAACCAGGAGAACGUGCUGGACCUGCAGUGGCUGGAGGGCGGCGAGGCUCCCCCCGAGGACCUGGACUCCUUCUCCCGGAGCGUGGCGUUCCACCUCAAGCGUCUGGUGGACGAGCGCGACGACCAGCUGGAGACCAUUGUGGAGCUGACCCAGGAGAGGGACUGUGGGCAGUACUCCCCCCCGACGCCGUAUGCCCACUCUCCUGGCGACUCGCCCAGCAUGCGGCGCACCGAGAGCCGGCAGCAUCUCUCCGUGGAGCUGGCCGACGCCAAGGCAAAGAUCCGCCGCAUCCGACAGGAGCUUGAGGAGAAGAGUGAACAGUUGCUAGACUGCCGACAGGAACUGGAGAACAUGGAGUCUGAGCUGAAGAGGAUUCAGCAGGAGAACUUGCAGCUGCUGUCUGACGCACGCUCGGCCAGGGCCUACCGGGACGAGCUGGACGCUCUGCGAGAGAAGGCCGUUAAAGUGGACAAGCUGGAGAGCGAAGUCGGCCGCUACAAGGAGAGGCUCCAUGACAUUGAGUUCUACAAGGCCAGGAUUGAGGAGCUGAAGGAGGACAACCAGGUGCUGCUGGAGACCAAGAGCAUGCUGGAGGACCAGUUGGAGGGCAACCGAGCGCGCUCAGACAAGCUGCACGAGCUGGAGAAGGAGAACCUGCAGCUCAAGGCCAAGAUCCACGACAUGGAGAUGGAGCGGGACAUGGACCGCAAGCGCAUCGAGGAGCUGCUGGAGGAGAACCUGACACUGGAGAUGGCGCAGAAGCAGAGCAUGGACGAGUCCCUGCACCUGGGGUGGGAGCUGGAGCAGCUCUCCAAGACGCCCGACCUCGCCGAGGUACCUCAGAAGUCUCUGGGCCACGAGGUGAAUGAGCUGACGUCGAGCCGCCUGCUGAAGCUGGAGAAGGAGAACCAGGAGCUGCUGAAGACCGUGGAGGCGCUGAAGGGAGACGAGCCGGGCGAACGCCUCCGCAAGGCCGACCGCGAGGUCACCAGGCUCACGCAGAGGCUGGAGCAGCUGGAGGUGGAGCUGCGUGUGGACAGGGAGAGCCUGCGGAGUGCGGAGAGCCUGAGCGGCGACCUGAUGAAGGAGAAGGCCCAGCUGGAGAAGACCCUGGAGACGCUCCGGGAGAACUCGGAGAGACAGGUGAAGGGUCUGGAGCAGGAGAACGAGCACCUGACCCAGACGGUGUCGUCCUUACGGCAGCGCUCGCAGGUGGGCGCGGAGGCGCGCGUGAAGGACGUGGAGAAGGAGAACCGGGUGCUGCACGAGUCCAUCAAGGAGACCAGCGGCAAGCUCAACAAGCUGGAGUUCGAGCGCAAGCAGCUGCGCCGGGACGCGGAGCUGCACCGGGAGAAGGCCGAGCGCGCCGAGGAGCUGGAGCUGGACGCCCGGCGGCUGGAGCGCGAGAACGAGGCCCUGCACAAGCGUCUGGCCUCGCUGGGCAUCACCUGCGAGAGGGUGGAGGCGCUGGAGCGCGACAACGCCGAGCUGGAGGCCGAGGCACGCAAGCUGAAGAAGAAGCUGGACGCGUUAAGAGGCACGGCGUUCCAGCUGGAGGCGCUGGAGAAGGAGAACGCGCAGCUGGACGAGGAGAACCUGGAGCUGCGGCGCGCGGCGGAGAGCCUCCGGUCGGCGGGCGCCAAGGCGGCGCAGCUGGAGAUGGAGAACCGCGAGCUGGAGAACGAGAGGAGCCAGCUGAAGCGCGGCCUGGAGCUGCUCAGGGCCUCGUCCAAGAAGAGCGAGCGGCUGGAGGCCAGCUGCCAGGGCCUGGACACGGAGAACCAGCGGCUCCAGAAGGCGCUGGAGAACGGCAGCCGCAAGAUCCAGCAGCUGGAGGGGGAGCUCCAGGACGUGGAGGCGGAGAACCAGAGCCUACAGCGCAGCCUGGAGGAGCUGAAGAUCUCCAGCAAGCGCCUGGAGCAGCUGGAGCAGGAGAACAAGGUGCUGGAGCAGGAGAGCGCGCAGCUGGAGAGGGACAAGAAGCAGACGGAGAAGGAGAACAAGAGGCUGAGGCAGCAGGCCGAGAUCAGGGACUCCAAGCUGGACGACGACAACCAGCGCAUCUCCCACCUCGAGAAGGAGAACCGGGUCCUCAACAAGGAAGUGAGCACGCUGAAAGACUCCUGCAACAGAGUCAAAGACCUGGAGAAGGAGAGCAAGGAGAUGAUCAAACAGGCCACCAUUGAUAAGAAGACCCUGGUUACGUUAAGAGAGGAACUGGUGAGUGAGAAGCUGAAGACCCAACAGAUGAACAACGAUCUGGAGAAGCUGACUCACGAGCUGGAGAAGAUCGGCCUCAACAAGGAGCGCCUUCUGCAUGACGAGCAGAGCUCUGACGACCGGUACAAACUGCUGGAGUCCAAACUGGAGUCGACGCUCAAGUCCUCGCUGGAGAUCAAAGAGGAGAAGAUCGCCGCCCUGGAGGCCAGACUGCAGGAGUCCUCCAACCUCAAUCAGCAGCUGCGGCAGGAGCUCAAAACAGUGAAGAAGAACUACGAGGCCCUGCGCCAGAGGGAGGAGGAGGAGCGCAUGGUGCAGAGCUCGCCCUCUAGAGGCGGGGAGGACUCGCAGGUGGUGCACAAGUGGGAGAAGGAGAGCCAGGAGGCCACGCGGGAGCUGCUCAAGGUCAAGGAUCGCCUCAUCGAGGUCGAGAGGAACAACGCCACCCUGCAGGCGGAGAAGCAGGCGCUGCGCUCGCAGCUCAAGCAGCUGGAGACCCAGAGCAGCAACCUGCAGGCACAGAUCCUGGCUCUGCAGCGCCAGACCGCCUCUCUGCAGGAGAACAACACCACCCUGCAGACCCAGAACGCCAAGCUGCAGGUGGAGAACUCGACGCUGAACUCCCAGAGCGGGGCGCUGAUGGCGCAGACGGCGCAGCUGCAGAGUCAGCAGUCGAGCGCGGAGGGCGAGCGGGACGGGGCGCUGCGGGAGCGCGAGGAGCUGCGCUCCAUCUACGAGCAGCUGCUGCGCGACCACGAGAAGCUGGCCGCGCUGCACGAGCGCCAGGCCGCCGAGUACGAGGCGCUCAUCGGCAAACACGGCGGCCUCAAGAGCAGCCACAAGAGCCUGGAGGUGCAGCACCGCGACCUGGAGGACAGGUACAACCAGCUGCUGCAGCAGAAGGCCCAGCUGGAGGAGCUGGAGAGGGCCCUGAAGGGCGAGCAGGAGAAGAUGCUGACCGAGAACAAGAACCACGAGGCCACCGCCGCAGAGUACCGCAAGCUGAAGGACGAGCAUGACCGGCUCAACCACACGUAUCAGCAGCUGGUGAAGGACAACGAGGGCCUGCAGUCUGACCACAAGGCCGUGAAGAGCCAGCUGAAUGCCGCCAGGCUGGAGCAGACGCGUCUGGAGGCCGAGUUCUCCAAGCUCAAGGAGCAGUAUCAGCAGCUGGACAUCACCUCCACCAAACUGACCAAUCAGUGUGAGCUUCUGAGCCAGCUGAAGGGGAACCUGGAGGAGGAGAACCGGCACCUGCUAGACCAGAUCCAGACCCUGAUGCUGCAGAACCGGACGCUGCUGGAACAGACCAUGGAGAGCAAGGACCUGUUCCACGUGGAGCAGCGGCAAUACAUUGACAAGCUGAACGAGCUGAGGAGACAGAAGGAGAAGUUGGAAGAGAAGAUAAUGGACCAGUACAAGUUCUAUGACCCCUCUCCCCCACGCAGGCGGGGCAACUGGAUCACGCUGAAGAUGAAGAAGCUGAUCAAGCCCAAGAGCCGCGAGCGCAUGCGCUCCCUGACGCUGACGCCCACGCGCUCCGACUCCAGCGAGGGCUUCCUGUCCGUGCCGCUGGACAGCCAGGACAGCUCGUCCAUCGGCUCCGGCUCCAACUCGCUGGACGACACGCUCACGCACAAGAGGAGCAACAGGAAGAAAAUUCAGCACACCCAAUCGCAGGGUUCCUCGACUGUGACGGCUCUGAAGCGCCUGCCCUUUAUGAGGAACAGGCCCAAGGACAAAGACAAAGUGAAGGCCAUCUACCGCCGGUCCAUGUCCAUGAACGACCUGCUUCAGACCAUGGCGCAGGCCGGGGGCCAGUGGGCCGGCAGCACCGACAACCUGGACGACCCGGAGGAGUCGGCCCCUGGCGGGCAGCGCAUGAAGGAACUGGGCCCCAUGGCCUACUCCACCAACGCCAUCAACUACGCCACCCUCAGCCUGCCCGCCGGGCACAGGAGCAAGCAGAAGCUCAAGGGCAAAGACAACGCCUCCUAUGAGGACGUCACCCCCACAUCCUCAGAGGAGCCCAGCGGAACACGAGCGCAAGGCCUGCAGCUCAUUAGCAGGGCCCAGGUUUCGUCCUCCCUCGCCUCCUCCUCCUCCACCAUGUGCCGAGUCCCCUGUAGCAUCUGUAGUAGCACGGCGGUCAACGGCAGCCUGAGCCGGCCGCACAGCGAGAGCAGCGGCGAGUUCAGCCUGAGCCUGGACACGGAGAUGGGCUCCAGCGGCAGCAGUCCCGUCCAGCGCUCGUCCCACCAGAGCCCGCUGCAGCUCCGCAGGGCGCCGGACACCGCCACGGCCAUCGCGGCCUCCCAGGCCCCCAGCAGGAAGGCCGGCUCCGGCUCCGGGUCCCUCGGCAGCGAGGUAGUCUCACUGCAGCAGUUCCUGGAUGAGAGUGUAGAGCCCGUGGAGUCGGGCAGCCAGGAGAACCUGACGGUGGACUCCCCGCGGCUGUCGGGCGGCACCGAGCGCGUGCAGAAGGAGCGCGUCAUCAAGGGGCGGGGCAUCCUGCGCUCCUCCAGCGGCCGAGUGUCCAGCGCCAGCGGCGGCGGCGACGGCAACAGCGUCGGUCAGUCACGCGCCAGCGGCCCCGCCGGCCGGCCCACCCUGCGCAAGGCCGAGAGCACGCGGGUCAAGGGCUCGGCCGCGCCGCGCUCCGGCCUCUCCGCGCAGGGCAAGGCCGUGUCCGUGUGCGAGCGGCUGGACUCUGCAGGGGGAGCGUCGUUGUCCGGUACCGGGACCGGCCUGCCGCGCGCCAGCAGCGUCAUCUCCACGGCCGAGGGCACCACGCGCCGCACCAGCAUCCACGACCUGCUGUCCAAGGACAGCCGGCAGCCCGUCUCCGUCGACCCCUCGCCCAAGGUGACCGCCAGGGUGACCCCGCGGCCCGCCCCCGCCGGCGAGUCCAAUGCGCAAGUGUCACAAGAGCGCAGAAAGUCAAAAAGCAGAGCUGGAGAGCAGCAAAGCUCCUAAGCGUUAGCCGCGAGGCUACGGGUGCCAUGAGCCAGAGUGGUGAGUGUCCACAACAACAACAACAACAACAACGACAAAAAAACGGAUUGGGGGAGGUGGGUUUGGGGAUAUCUCCAUGGCAACCCCCCCGAGCGCAGUUUUUUAGCAGAUGCCUUGUACUGCACGUGCUUGCUUCCGUCCCGGCCUUCCCUCUCCAGUGGCUGACUUGACCGACUGACCAUGUAACUUGGCCAGUCCCGCCGGCCUCGGCACACGCGCUGUGCUGUCUGAGCCGCGGGGGGCUGAUCCCCUUCCUCUUCCCCUGGAUCUCUCCUGCUAUCCGGUCGCCCAGCGCAGACUUCCUUCCUUCUUCCUCCUCCUCCUCCGUGUCUUUCUGGCCUCUUCUCUCUCUCCCUCCAGUGACCUGUCCAUCCUCUCCUCCUCUUCUACAUCCUGCGGUCUGUCCAUCCUCUCCUCCUCUUCUUCUCUUCAUCCUGCGGUUGGGGGCAGGGGGGGUUGAAAGUGCCCGUUGGAGUCUUGCCCAAUCAGGUUGUGGUUCAUGUGAAGGGCGUGUCCUCAGUCCUGCAUGGCCUGGUAUCCCAUGGCUGACCUUUGACCCUUUCCCCCAACCCACCCAAACGCAUGCAAGCUGCUCCUGUGUGUUUAUAUAUCUGUGUGUCUGUCUUUGCUCAUCAUGUCUGUCUCUCUAACCUCGAUUUCUGUUCCUCUCCUCUCUCUCAUUCUCUCUCUGUCUCUUUUUCUCUCUGUCUCUCUUUCUUGCGCUUAUCCCUCUGUUCUGUCUGCAUCCGACCCAAGAGAGAAAAGUGACCUUCAAGCUGUCAAUCUGAAGCCAGUAAAACGUUGGCCUACCAAGAUGGUCUUCAGUCAGAAACGAUUGUAUGUUUUAAAAGGAACAGGGAAAAAACAAGACCCCCAUGCCCCUUCUGUAAAGAAUCUUGAGAAAAUAAAUGUCCUCCCUUUCCUUGAAUCAAGGAAAUGAAAACCGACGUCAAGAAAGAAAUGUUAUUGCAGCUGUUUUUUGUUUUUCAAUUCUUUCUUUUAUAACCUGGUAGUGAAUUUGUUUUUUUGUCCUUCUUAACCUAUUGCACUGCUAUGGUGAAAACAGACUGCACUCUUAAGGGGACCAGUGUAUUGGUGCCAACGUUCACUCCGAUGAGUCCUGACGAGCGAGCUGUGAGCGACCCUGGGGAGCCUGCUCGGCCCCUCUGUGUGACUUUUAACUGGCUGGACUUUUUUUGUUCCUUCCCUGCAAUCUGCCAGCCAGUCUUUGUAAAUGCGCAUGCAUAUUGCUACGUCCAGUACAUCUCUAGACAUAAGGAGCGCGACAGACGCCCAUGCAGCCACCUGCACAGCAGCCGCAGCCACCGCACGUGACCGCGGGCAACAAGGUCGACCACAUCCUGCAUGGAGCAAAAAUACAAUCAACACAAACUACCCCCUCCCCCACCCCACCCCACCCCCACCCUGCCCCCAAUCACCCUUCCUCGGAGCAACAACAGGGACCAGAGACUUGAGCUGCGUCACCGAGAUGCCAAAAUGAACGCCUCCCUUCUGCGAAGCCGCCAUCCUCAUCAGGCUUCCGGCAGAGCGAACGCAGUGUAUGUGUGUGUGUGUAUAUGUGUGUGUGCCAAAAGAGGUGCAGCAAGCUCUGGCCUUCUGGGGAGGGGGUAGCUCUACGUGUGUUUGUUUUCUGUGUGUAUGUGACAACGAUUCCUGUGACCGUGACGAGACUAGCAUUUGCUUCCUUUUUCCACUUUUGCAUAAAUCCAUUUGAUGUGAUAAACCCA